AUGCAAGACCAUAAUCGAGGUCGGCCUCAAAUUUUCCAAGAAAUCCGCUCAAACUCUAAAUCUGAAUAUCCAAAGGAAAGACGCGUAAAAAUUACUUAGAAAUCCUAUCUUUCAGACCAGCCUAUAUCACAAAACAGGUUUCCUCCAAAACCAAACCGAAACGAAAGAGAAAUAACAAGAGAUCUCUUGAAAAAAGAGCACGAAAAAUUAAAUAAAAAGCUGCAAGAACUAGCAGACUGAGAACAAAAAAUCAACCAAACUCGGCAAAGUAUUUCCAGCCUGCAGCCAUCUACAAUACCAUCAUCUCGAUCACCAUGCAAAUCACCAAUUCCUAUAUCUAGAUCACUUUGCAGAUCGCCAGUGCCUAUUUCUUCAUAUCAAGAGAUAUCAGAUACUGAGGAAUUUGGAAAUCUUCUGUCUGUUGAUCAUGCUCCUAUAAUUCCUGAAGUUAUUCAUAGGCCAGUCUCUUCAGGAAGAAUAAAUCCAACGACAAUUCAUCAUGUAGCAAGGCCAAGUAUUCAAGCCCACACAAGCUUUAACGGAUCUUUUGCACAGAAUUCAAGCGGAUUUGAUAGAUAUGAAUCUAGUGAUGAUAGCGAAGAGUUAUUGAGAAGCACCUAUGAAGAGUCUGUAGAAGUGAAUCAUAAAGCAAGAUCUCCUACAAGAAGGCCUCACAAGGCAAGACCAUCAAAACUAAAAAGAGAAAGUAAACCUUCAACGGGAGCCAAAACAAAUCGUCCAAGGAAAUUUCCAGCACCAAAAGAGAAGCCACGUGAUAGUCACUAUAACCAGCAGCCACCAUUAGUAUAUCAGAUGCCUGCUAACUAUGCGCCUUAUCAGAUGAUCCCUCCAAUUCAAUUUAUCCAGCCUAUCUAUCCCUACUAUCCUUAUCAAUACAAUCCUACACAAUAUAUCCAGCCUCCUCAAUAUCCCCAAAGCCAGCAAUUCAUGCAGCCUCAAUAUGCACAACCACAAUACAUGCCUCAAUCCAAUACAAAUCAGCCAAACAAUAUCACAUAUGAGCAAUUUAUAAGCCAACUUCCAGACUCUGCCCGAAAUACCCCUUCAGUUUACUCUGAAUCUAUUUUUUCUUCAAAAGAAGCCAAGCCUACCGAAGCUCAAUCAGUCCAAUUAAAUGUCUCCUCAAGAAGUAAAACCGAUCAAGAAUCAAAACAAAAAGAUACAAGAUUUACAAUAGAUUCACAAAAACAGAUCACAAUAAAUAUUUCUAAUUCUAAACUGUCAUAUACAGAAAGAGGCACUGAGAAGUCUGAAGACAAUUUUUCGAACCAUAUGGAAACUUCAAGAGAACCAGAAAAAGAAUUUGUGAGGCAAAGAAGCCAGCCUACCUUGAUUCCUGAGCCAUUAGUUAUAAAUCCGAAUUUCAAGCUGAAUAGGAGCAUUAAAGAGCCAUCGCCUGGGCUAAUAUCAAGACUAGCUUCAGGUGAAAAAACAAAGGUAGAGAAAGCUGAGAUGAGAAAACUUACAAAUAAAAAUUAUAAUUUGCUACCAGAAGUAAAACAAAGGAAAGAAGAAGAGGAAAGGAAAGAGUUUUUAAAGCAAAGGCUAGCACAAGGAAAAGCAUAUGAAGCAAAGCUAGAUGAAAUGAGGAGAAGAAAAUCCAGCAGCUCAAGGCCAGUGUAA